CUCGCGAACGUGGACGUCGGAGUCGUGCUCGGUAUGAUGAAUUUGGACAAUGCGCAGGUUUCUCUAGUCGCCGGCCCUUACGAUAUGACUGGCAACGGCAUGUCUGCGGCCGGGGCCCGUCUAUCUUUCGUGUUUGCCAUGCGCGGUCCGUGCGUUGCUACAGACACCGCGUGCUCGUCCAGCCUCGUCGCGACGCACCUUGCGGUGCGCCAGAUAGAACACGGCGAGUGUGUUCAUGCGCUGUCGAUAGGAAGCAGCAUGAUUCUGAGCCCGCGCGGCGCGUUUUCCAUGUUUUCCAUCGCUGGGAUGCUGUCGACGCGCGGCCGAUGCCACACGUUCGAUUCCCGCGCAAACGGGUAUCAGCGCGGCGAGGGCUGCGUGAGCAUCGUGAACAGCUCCGUCGGCUCCGAGAACGUGCACCUGGGGUCGAGCUGCCUGCACAAUGGUCGGAGUGCGACAUUCACCGCGCUGAACGGGUCGUCGUAG